UCCUCUUCUCUUCUCUGCUAUCCAAUUACAGCUCUCCCCGCCAUAUUUUUUCCUAUAAAUACCACCUCUCUUCUGUCUUGUUACAGAAACACGUGACCCACCCAGAGGCCUGCCCAUGGACUCCAUUGAAGCCUCCACCCACCCGAGAUUCCGUCAGAACGUCGUCGUAAUGCGUCACGGCGAUAGGAUGGACAACGCCGUGCCUGAUUGGGCGGCGUCGGCGCCGCGUCCCUGGGAUCCGCCGCUCGACGGCGCCGGCAAGGUCCGAGCCUUCCGGACGGGGGAGAAGUUCCGAGAGGAGCUAGGUUUUCCGAUACAUCGAGUUUUUGUGUCGCCUUUUCUCCGAUGCUUGGAGACCGCCGCGGAAGUCGUCGCCGCCUUGUGCGGCGGCGUCGGCGUCGCAGAUUGCUCCAAUUCCAACGGCGGCGUCGAUUUUGAUCCUUCCAAAGUCAAGAUUCAGGUUUCAGUUGAAUAUGGAUUGUCGGAGAUGAUGAACUCCCGAGCUAUCAGAACCACCGUGGCUCCCAAAGAUGGGAAGUUCAGUUUUGACAUCUUCAAAUGUGAAGCUGUCUUACCAGACGGCACUGUGGAUAGAACUGCUGAAUCAGUGUACAAGGAGUUGCCUCGAUGGGAGGAGACGGCGAAGGUUGCAAGGGCAAGAUAUGUAGAAGUGAUCAAGACUCUUGCCGAUAGGUAUCCUUCCGAGAACUUGUUGAUAAUCACCCACGGGGAAGGAGUGGGAGCUUGUGUGAGCGAGCACGUGGAGGUGGAAAACGUAAGGGUUUGCGGGGUGCAAUAUUGCGCAUACUCAGUCUCUCACAGAUUCAUGUCUCGUGGUCAUGAUGGGGACUUUGUUUUGUCGCCUAAAUCUCUUGUAGGCAUUGCUUUGGCCCAAACGCCUUAAAUACAACUACAACGCCACGCCCACAACUGGACAACGACGUUCUCGGAUAAAUUGAAAAUAUGAGUGGAUGAAUUAAUGGUGAGAAAAAAUAAAUUUAUAAAAUUGAAGGAUAUAAAUUAAAUAUAUAUAUAUAUAUAUUGUUUUUAAAUAAAUUCAAAAUCCUACGGCUGUUACUUUAUAAUAAUAAUUAAUAUUUUCUCUUAUUAUUUGGGGAAAAAAAAAAAAAAAAAGAGCAUGGAAUUCAAGCACGGU